AUGCCGGUGCUGAUCCCGAAGCAGAAACUUUCUCAUCGGAGGCGGCGGCCAAGCGUGGAGAAUGUCGCUCCUAUUAAGGCGGAUACCGUCACUCUGGGGAGUGGCGCCCCUGAUCAACUGCCUGAAUCUUCUGCUGCAGAAAAGCGCCCAGAAACGAACACUAUUGUCGGGGGGUCUGUUGUAACGGCCGCGAAACCGGAUGGGACGAUCGUUGUUACCGCUGUCGCUCGUCUUGUGCUUGCGGCGCUUGUCGGUAUUUCUGUGCCAUGA